GGUAAUGAACUGUUUGUUUCGUCCGUUACCAAGACAACGCACCAACUGAAUAUAGACAAAUGAAGAGAAUUGAACAUUUUCCAUUGUCUACAACAGAGAUAUAGUUUUGCAAUAGUUUUUUAUUACAACUGUAAAAAUUGGCCUAAAAAGUUCCAAGGCUCCUUCAAUCAUGGAAGAAGACAACUCUUGGGUUUUUGAUUCUCUAGUGACUUUUCUAAAUGGUCCGAUAUGGAAUGCACCUCUGCAGAGUUUUAUCGAAGAGAAAUCCUUAAUUUUUGAACCUAGCGCUGAAGAUAAUGAGGAACACCAAAAAAUUUUUGAAGAAUUUAAGAACCUGGUAGAUUUUAUGCUUGGGACGUUUAUGGAAGACAUUGGAAUCACUAGCGAACAGUUUGAGAAUGCUUGUAAAGAAAGCAAAAAAUACCACGUUGCAUUUGAUCCGAAUUCUUUUGAACAAGUUUGGGCGGCAAACGAUUAUGAUAUGUUUAAAAAGAUGAUGGCUCAACGAAACGUCGAAUUACAACUUCAAGCCUUAGAACUGAUAGAAAGAAAGUGUGGUAGAACCCCUCAGUCCUUUAUUCCUACGAGCAAAACAGAAAACGUCCAAGAAAUACCAGUUACAAUAGAAAAAUCUGUAGAUCUGGAACAUAACGUAAUGGAGGAAGUAUCUAAGAAUUUUACACCAGAUUCUGAAGAACCAUCAUCUUCUUUAAUAAAACCCGAAAUUAUUUUGGAAGAGAAAGAAAUAUUAGAAAAAGCGUUAGAAGAAGCAAAAGAUUCUUCUGAAAAAUCACUAGAAAGAAAAGGCCAUUUUAUACAUGAAACUCCUAAAAUUCCACAAAUUAAAGAAACACCUCCAGUUAAGAAAGAAGAAAACAAUGCUGAAGAAAAAGAAUCUCUUAUAAAAUUAGAAAAUGAGAAAAAGAAGGUAGAUGCAAUAGAAUUAAAAAAACGUCAAGAAUAUUUACGAGCACAACGAGAUAAAUUGGUAGCUUUAAAGAAAGAAGCGAGAAAAAAGCAGCUGGAUUCAGGUGACACCAAAUCAAAGGGAAGACCCAGGUCCGCGAGAGCUGCAGAAGCUGUAUUAACUGGUGAAAAAUCCGACAUCGAACCGCAGCAGCUUCAACUACGUAAGGCUUUAGCCGAACGCUUGAGGGCAGAGGUGGUCGCUACAAAUAAAUAGACACAAACAUUUUUACUUAUAUUUAUUACCUAAAUAUAUAACGAGUACAUUUUUGUAUUUUACAAUUCUUUAAAAUAUUAAUUUGUUACAUAAAAAUGAAUAUUAGAAAAAAUGGCCUUUUGUCUGUUGUUUUAAAAACUUAUUUAUGGCUUGUAUAAAAAAUAUGCUGAUGCUGCCAUCUUUGUAACAAAUAAAAAUGGGUCGUUCAAAAGUUACACGAAUGAGAAUGCACAAGUACCUGUUAUAUUAUAAAAGGUAACUAAAGAGGAUAUUUGUGUAACUUUUAAAUACACAGCGCGUCAGAGAAAACGAGCACUCCACAAAAUGGGUCAAUUUUGAUGUCUCGAAUUUCCUAAACUUGGUGUUCGAUUUAAGAGGUUUUUUAAUAUGUUAUAGCUUUAUUCUUUAACAAUAUCGCUGUAAUCAUAUUGUUGCUAGACAGGUAAAUUGUGAUUGUAUAUCGGGUGUACCAAUCAAACUGUGGUUUUUCUCGAAGUUCACUACACCCUGUGGAAUAUUCUAGCAUUUAUAAAAGCCUGAAAUUAAAACCCAACUAUAGCCUCAGGUUUUCUUAACAUUCUGUUUUUUGAUUAAUUCGCUUAUGUUGGAUAAUAAAAAAGUUAGGGACUUUAACAACUAGCCAUGUUAUUUAUCAAUACUAUUUAUACAGGGUGUUUCUAAAUAGGCACGACAAACUUUAAGGGGUAAUUCUGCAUGAAAAAAUAAUGACCGUUUGCUUGAUAAACAUAUUGUUCGCAAAUGCUUCGUUUCCGAGAUACGGGAUGUUGAAUUUUUUCUUACAAACUGACGAUUUAUUUAUUGCUCUAAAACUGGUUGAGAUAUGCAAAUGAAAUUUGGUAGGUUUUAACAGGUAGUUAUUGCGCAUUUUUUGACAUACAAUUAAGAAUUCGGGUCAUAUUACCCGUAUGCACGCCAAUGGUGAAAAUAAAAUUUUUUAUUGUAUGUCAAAAAUGCGCAAUAACUAGGUACCUCUUAAAACCCACCAAAUUUCAUUUGCAUAUCUCAACCGGUUUUAGGGC